GGUAGGACUUUGCGAUGAUGAUCAGCUUGUGGAUCCGAGAUCUGCCUCUCACAGCUCUCUCACAAAAUCAAAUUGCACAAAACAAAAAGGCAAUCAACAACAUACAAAGACCAACAACCAUCACCUACAACAAAAAAGCACCUUAUCACCAUGAAGUUCUUCUCCACCCUUUUGCUCAUUGCCGCCCCUCUCUUGGCCACUGCCAAUGAGGAUGAGCAACGUGCUCGUGCCCUUGAGAUUGGUGAUUGGAGUGUCAACUUCAAAACCAUUGAUGGACAGGACUUUACCUAUGAGACUGGACCCGGUGCAGGUGAAAAUGUCAAUGUCAAGAUUUCUGUUGAAAACAAGUGCCGUCAGGAAGCUGUGGCUGCAGAGCGCACCAAUGUUGGCCACUUCUAUCCCAACCCAGAUGUUUCUGGCAUUGCUGUGGACACCUCCGGAAUUGUCAAUAACCCAGGUAUGGGCAUCAAUGGCUUCUCCUUCUCCUUUGUUGAAGGAGUCAAUGAAAAUGCCCUCAUCUACUCUGAAGCUGAUGAUGGUCUCAAUGCAGCCGUCAACUUCUGUGUUGUGCUUGGACUUUACUCUGACAUUAUGCUGAUUGACUUUGCUGAGGUCAAGCUGACAUACCUGAUUGAUUUGGUGACCCAAGUUCCUACCUUGACUGGCUACACUGUCACCCAAGCUGAGGCCUUUACUGAUGCUGAGGACACCACUCUCAGCUUUGAUGGAAGUCUCUUGGCCUAUUUCUGUGACCCUGACAGCUACCAGAUUCUCACCAACGAUGGUUCUGAUGCUGUCACCACUCAAGGAAGCACUCUCAAUGUUUGCUUCAGGGUUGAAGAAGGACAGUUCCAAGUCAAGGAUAUCAUGGAGUUCACUGUCAGGAAUGCUGAAGCUGCAGAGCCCUCUCAGCUCAUCAUCACGGAAUCUGCUCCUGCCUCUACCAUCUUCUCCACCAAGAAGUGUGUUGAUGAAGGAAAUGACAACAAUGUCUGUUUGGUGUCUUUCUUGCUGUUUGCUGACUUUUAUGAUUUUGAAGCCUUGACAUUGACUGGUGAGGGAAGCAUCCUUUUGGAACUUGGAGGAACUGCUACAGCACCUGCUGGUCGUCGUUUGCGCAAGAAUAUCCAGAUUGUGGAUGGCCACCGUAAGCUUCAGAACGAGGUUACCGAAACGGUUGACGUCCAGCCCCAGCCCUUUGCAGUUGAGAAGCAUCACUUGGCUGACUCCUCUGCUGGAAGCUUGACCACUUAUGCUACCAUGGCUGCCAUGGCUGGAGCAGCCAUGGUGCUCUAAGGUGUCUGUGUGUGGCAGCAAGGUAGAACCUGGCACAGGAUUGCUUUGUCAUGCUUACAUCAACUGUGUGAAGUGGAAGCUGCAUGAGUGUGCAGCCAAUCAACAACAAAAACUAGGAAAAAGAUAGAGAUAGAAUCAUUAAUUAAUUAAGAAAUAGAGAAACUAAACCGAAGUAGUUAGUUUCACAACC